CUCGCCUUGCGUGACACACUUUCGGCAUCGGGCAAACCAUGAGUGAAACUUGGAAGUUGAUCACAGACAAAAAACUUCGCCAAAAGUUGUGCCGGAUUUACAAACAAGCUUCAGAACAAGUUUAUGUCGAUAUAUAGCGUUUUUAAAGCACACGAGCAUGACAGAAGGGAGCAGACGACUGGAAGUACGGGCUUUGGAGGUAGUUUUGAAAGGGGGUAGUCCGUGGGGAUUUUCUUUAAAGGGAGGUGCGGAAAUCCGUUCAGCUUUAACAGUGUCUAAGGUUGAACCAGAUGGUAAAGCCAAUGGUCUUCUGGAGGCGGGGGACAUUCUGCUCAGCAUCAAUGACGUCCACUGCCGGUCACGUGCUGAGGCCAUUCAGCUGGUCAAGAGUGCCUUCAACACCCUGACCCUCACAGUCUGGAGGUAGGCUGUCGUUUGCAAUCUUGUUUGUGCCUUUUUUCAUUUUGAUUAAGUUAUAGUGUUCUUGACUGGUUGCAGGAAAUGGGAAUCAAAACUAAUAUUUUGUCAAAUUCCUUUCUGUUCUCUCAUUUUCUGGUGUUUAACAGAUUUCUUUUAUUGAAAACCAAAAUUAUUGUGGGUUCAAAUUACUGUUUUAUUUGAAAUCAUUAUGAAUUUGAGAAUAAUCUUUGUUGGAAUACUGCAAACACAAAUAAGACAUAUUAUGUACUAAAACUAGUUAUUGAUAACUCAUUGAUAAAAUAUUUGUUUCCUAACUUUAUUUUCACACUGACUGUGUGCCAAGCACAGAGUGAAAUAAUAUAUAUUAUCAUUUAAGAUGUCAUCUUAUUGUCACUAACUCAUUGUUUUUCAGUGUUGCUCUGUGUUACAUUGCUUCUGUAUUUCUG